AUGAACCCACUCAACAUGAACCAGCCAAACAUGAACCUACCGAACAUGUACGGACUAAACAUGAAUGGACCAAACAUGAACCUGCCAAACAUAAACAGACCAAACAUGAACCACAUGGAGGUACCUGAUCCCCGCACAUUGGCCACAGAGGCCUUUGUCGCCUACCUUCGUGACCGUCAGUGGUCCCAGGAAUGGCGCCACCAGAUCUCCCAAGUCAUGCAAGACCUCGCAGUCGACUAUCGCGUUCGUGCCAUUGAAGGCAAUCCCCGAGUUGCGCCAGGAGCUGGAGCUGACGCCGACUCCGACUCCGACUCCGAGACUGACAUGAGCGGGCUCUGGCACCAGUUCUUCGUCAAGGGUCUCAAGAAGUUCAUCCGCAGCUAUCCCACCAUUGACGACCGCGAUGCCCUUGAGUCCGCCGUCGAUCAGCUCACCCGCGAGGAGGUGGAGAUCACGGCUGAGCUCAAGCGUGGAAAGGUGGUGUUCCACUCGGAGGUUUUCCACAGGUACAUGAACCAUGCUGAUGGCCAGAGCCCUGCCCAGGUGCUGGGUUAUGGUUUUGAGAUGUUCGCUAAGCCUAAAUUCGUCGAGUUGGAGGCCGCCAACAUGCGGCCCCUGUCGCACGAAAUUGUGGGCUGCGAUGUAGAGGGAGGACCAGAGGGAGUCACGACGGUCCGCAUCACCAACGCCAGCCACAACAUCGAGUGGCUCAUCCACGGCCCGGCCACUCUUCAGCUUGUUCCGGCUGGCGCCAUGCCUCCUGCCGCUCCUGUCGCGCCUAUCGCUGCUGUCCCUGAUGGUGACAACGCUGUUGCCGGUGCUGUCGCUGGUAUUAACAGCGCUGUUGUCGGUCCUGCUGAGAACCCUAGGAAGAAGAGGAAGAUCGAGGUGAUGUCGGAGGAAGAGGCCUAG